GUGACUGCGCCUUAACCUAUGGCCGAUUAAACGGUACGUUUAUAUAUAUAUAUAUAUAUAUAUGGUUGAGCCGUCUCUUCAGACUUCACAAAAUGGCAAUGGAGUUCAUUCUUGGAGUAGUUUAUAUUAUAGGCUUCUUCUCUCUUUAUAGACUCAUUUGGAGUUUAAUCCGGGGGACAUGGGUCAUCUUCUUCAGACCAGCAAAAGAUCUCAAGAAAUAUGGAUCAUGGGCAAUCGUCACUGGUUGCACCGACGGAUUGGGCAAAGCCAUAGCCUUUGAGUUAGCAUCCAAGGGUCUCAACAUACUCUUGGUUGGCCGCAAUCCAGAAAAACUCAAAGCUACCUCAACUGAGAUACGCCAAAGGUAUCAUCAUUUAAUCGAAACUAAAGAUGUGGUUAUCGACUUCCUCAAACACAGUGGCACGGAGAUUGCUAAACUGAUAGAGGAAGGUAUUCAAGGGCUGGAUGUUGGCAUUUUGAUAAAUGUAGUUGGGGAGAAUUACCCCACUGCAAGGUACUUCCAUGAAGUUGAUGAAGAGCUGAUGCAGAGUCUUAUAAAGGUAAAUAUAGAUUCAGUAACAUGGAUGACCAGGGCGGUUCUUCCUAUUAUGAUUAGGAAGAAGAAAGGAGCCAUUGUCAACAUAGGCUCAGGCUCCUCCGCUGUCAUUCCUUCAUCUCCAUUAUUCACUCUCUACGCUUCUACCAAAUGUUACAUUGAUCAACUAUCAAGAUCUCUAUACGUCGAAUACAAGAAAUGCGGGAUUGAUGUGCAGGUUCAGGUGCCAGCAUACUGUGUAACAAGAAUGACGUUGAGAAUGGCAGCGAUAAAGAAAUCAUCUUUGUUUAUCCCAAUGCCAGAAGACUUUGCACGAGCAUCGGUUCGCAUGAUUGGUUAUGAAGCAAGGUGUUCGCCUUACUGGGCUCACGCACUUCAAUGGGGUGCGGCUAAAUGCAUCCCAGACACCCUCCUUGAUGCUUUUCGUCUUGCUGAAGGCAUCCGCAGGAGAUCACUAGGAAAUAGUACUGCAUAUCACAUAAACUAAUUAAUAUUGUUGUUGAAUAAAUACUCAAAAAAUUAUCUGUUUGUAUUGA